CUAGCUUGCUAUACGCUUCAGGCUGAUGGUGUAGCUUAGCUAGGUAGGCUAGGCUAGUGAGGUCUGUGGCUAGGUACAACACACUCUUGACGACUCCUCCUCUCCCAUCGAACCCAUGCCAUGACGAAAACUGACUGGGAGUCAUGUCGGCAGUGAUGCUUCAGAUAGGCCAGUGUGGAAAUCAAUUGGGCCUUGAGUGGUGUGAGAUGCUUUCAAAGACCUCCGAGCAAUGCGAACACAGGUCUCCUUUCAUCACCAAGGAGGGCACCUUGGCAGUAGUGUGCGUUGACAGCGAGCCCAAAGUUUUGAGAAGAACUCAACGGCUGGUUAGGAAUAAAAAGUUACUGGAGUCCAAUAUUGUCAAAGGAAAAGGAGGCAGAGGAAACAACUGGGCUUAUGGCUACCAUGGACACGGGGCUGAAGAGGGUGAUCAGCUGCUUCAUCAAGCAAUGGAGGCUGUGAGGCAGGAGGCAGAGAGACGAGAUUACUAUGGUGGAACUGUAAUGUUGCACAGUGUAAGUGGAGGCACGGGAUCUGGACUGGGCUCACGGCUUUGUGAGGAGAUUCGGGCAGAGUUUCCUGUGAGUCACAUUCUCACAGUGUCGGUGGUUCCGCAUCAGAGUGGAGAGAGCCCACUCCAGCACUACAACAGCCUUCUGUGCCUGUCUGCGUUACAGAGGAGUUCUGAUGGCAUCCUCCUGUUUCACAAUGACCAGGCCCUCAGCUAUAGCAGGGUCCCACAGAACAAACAUGUUUGUGCAUCUGGCUUUUCUAGUGGUCUGUCACAAGGCACUCUUUCAUUCAUGAAUAAGCAUAUUGUCUCAUGUAUGGCUGGACUUCUGCUUCCUGUUCACAGCCUCACAACUGCCAGUGGUUGGAGUUUGGGUAUGGAGCCUUGGGAGCUGAUUCGGUCUGUGUGCCCAAUGCCUGCAGCUAAGCUCCUGCUCACCACUCAGGCAAACUCCAGAGAAAAAGUUAAAUGGGACAGUUUGGCAAGCAGUACUCUCCAGUGUGUACCACAGGGGUCUAUUGCAGGAAGACCUUACACCAGUCGGGCUGUUCUUGCAGUGGCAAGAGGUGAUCAGGACAACUCUUUUGUAAUGUCCAGUGCACUUAAUAAACUAAAGCGAGGACAUCGUUGUGUAACAUGGAACCCCCUUCCCAUUGAUCACUGGACAGAUCCUUGUAAUGAAGUUUGUCUGUCACCAAAUGCACCAACUCCUUACAGUUUGCUCCAAUCACAGCAGUGUCACCUCUUUGCUCAGUCACGUGGUGCACCGAACCAAAGAGAAGAUUGGUGUGCGAGCUUAUCUGCACUGGUAUGAACGCUAUGGUGUGGAGCACCAAGACUUUGAGCAGGCUUUGGACACUCUAUUAAAUGUCAUGGAAGAAUAUGAUACACAUUGACAGCUCAGGACUGUAUGUCCAGUCAUAAAUACUUGCAAAAAAUGUAAUGAUAUGUUUUAUGGAACUAUGUAAAAAUGCUUAUACUAGAAAAUACUUGUCAUCGUUCUUUUGUGGCACUCUCUUUUGCAUUUUAUUGUGGCUAUUUUGUGUGCUUGCUCAUUUUAAAUGUAGUGGUUCUGUGGCCAUGUGUAUUUGCCUGUGAGAAUCAUAGUUUUGUAACUGAAUUCUCUGUCUCCUUUAAAUAUAAAUUACAAAACAACUACCUCACAGCAGGAAGGUUCUGGGAGCCGCACUUCUAAAAUAAAUAAAAUUCUUCCUUAUGUCUA